AUGGCACCUUUUGAAGCAUUAUAUGGUCGAAAGUGUGGAAGUCUUGUACGUUGGAAUGACUACAGUGAGAAUCUUGUCUUAGGAACAGAGUAUAUUGAGGAAAUGGUGAAUAAAGUGAAGUUGAUUCGUUCGAGAAUUCAAGCUACACAAGAUAAGAAAAAAAUCUAUGCCGAUUUGAAAAGGCGAGAUGAUGAGUUUAAUGUGGGUGAUAAAGUCUUUUUGAAGGUCUCAUCUACAAAAGGAGUGAUGAGAUUUGGAAAGAAGGGCAAAUUGAGUGCCAAGUAUGUAGAUCCUUAUGAAAUUUUCGAACGUGUAGACAAGGUUGCUUACAAAUUGGCAUUACCUAUGGAAUUUGAGAAAAUGCAUGAUGUGUUUCAUGUCUCUCAGUUGAAAAAGUAUGUUCCUGAUUCAAAGCAUGUGUUACAACCUAAAUCAAUCCAAUUGGAUGAGACUUUGACUUAUGAGGAAAGACCUAUGAAAAUUUUGGAUUAUAAGGUGCGUAGUACACGCAAUAAGGACGUGAGAAUUGUUAAAGUUCUUUGGUCAAACCAAGAGUAUGAGGACGCUACUUGGGAGGCCGAGGAUGAUAUGAGAAAGAGAUACCCUGAGUUAUUUAAUGAGGUGAGUUACAAGGGCGUAACUCUUGUUCUUUAA